GCCCGUUAGCGGUCACGUGCGCUCGGCACAGGGAGCCAAUCAGCUUCGGCCUUGCCUGAGUUUGAAUUCGUUGUUUAGAAUUUUCAACCGAGCGUCGGGACCCGGGAGCAGGCAGAUCGUACCACACAAAGUGCAUCAGGGUAACAGAACAGAGUGCAGAAUGCAGUGUUAAAGCUGCAUAGAAAGAGAUCUGAAUUAACAUUUGAGAGCUAUUAAAGAAUAAAGAAGGAAAAUGGCCAUUGAGCGAUGUCAAAAGAUCUCUUUCCAGGAAAAUCUGGAAGCUAUCAAGGAGCGAAUGAAAGAGAAACGGAAUCAAAAUCAGACUAAAAAUAACAGGGGUAAACAAACUUUGACCUCAAAAAUGAAAACCAAAGUACUGAGUAAGAGCGCUUAUAUAAAAAAUAUCCAAGCGAACAAUCACAAUCUAGCUCUAUCCCUGGAAGCAGAAAAGAAGAAACUGAGACAAGCAUGUGACGUCAUACUAUCCUUGAAAAGAGAACGCCAAGCAAUGAUGUUCUAUAUUCUCAUGCUUAAAAGGAAACUUGAAGAGCCUUCUGCAGUCCAAUUCGAGAAUUUGAGACACAUUUCUGAUUCUAUAGGUGAGGAUCUAAACAACUUUGGGGAUGAUUUACCUCAAUGCUUACCAUCAUGUUCUUCACCUGUUGAAUUCUUCAAUCAGGAUGCUGAGAGGCAAGUUUCCUUGAAUUCUGAAGUUUUCCAUUCUCCUGAAAAUUCUGAGUUCACCACUGAAUCAAGUAGAGCACUCUUCUCCAGUACGGUGGAGACACCGCCUGCAUUAAAAGGCAUAUCCAGAGGGAGAAGUCAAGACUCCAUCCAUAUAGUACCUCCAUUGGAUGAUGCAUCUUUUGAGAGAAUGGAUACUUUGCCAGUGGGGGUUUCCAUUAGGCGACGAUCUGGAAGGAGAAGCUCCUCUUUCCAUCCUCAAAUUAGUGCCUUCAAUUUAUUCACUACUUUUGAAAACUGUACAGAGGUACCUUCAAGUGAAGAACACAAGUUCGAUACAAAAUUCGAAGCUUUUGAAAAUGUGCCACAUUCUCUCGAUCCUAAUCAAGGAACUGAAACAGGAAGCACUGAACGAAAUCGGGUGCAAAUGUCGGACAACUGGCAUUCUGAAAAACUUGAAACCAAGUUUACAAGCAGUGUGAGUAACACUGAAUUUGUAAAUUCAGAAAAUCCAGGGAGGAUUUCAGAAACAGAACAGGAACUGGAGCAAAGGGGAAGAAGAAAGAUAAUGGAAAGAAAUAAAAGUAUGUCUUUAAAUAAACAUCUGGAACCUGCAAGAACUAGAGCCAGAUCAAAAAGUAGAGAUCGAAGUCAAAGUAAAGGAAGUGCUGCCAAAGAAAGAAAAAUGGUUCUUGACUGCAGUGAUACGUAUAAUUUUGAUUAUGAAGAAGGUGUUCAUCUUACACCUUUUCGUAGAAAACCUGAACCAAGUGCAUGUGAGAACAUAAACACCACCAAAGGCAGCAUUGCUUCAGAGAGUAAUUCAGAUGAUGAUUUGGAUGAUAGUCUUUAUCUACCUCCUGCUGAUAAAAGACUCAAGAAAUCAUCUAGUGUGUGUAAAGCUAAAAGUGAAACACCAACAGCCCUAACAACGAGGCCACGCAAAAGAACAGUAAUUCUCCGAAAGGAGACAGCUCUCAAAAAAGAACAUGGUGCAGAAAUCUCACAAAAUGAAACAGCACAAUCUAACUUGUUGAAAACAGAGUAUACUGCAGAGGAUUGCCAGUUACAAAUGGAAUCAGAUAAUGAACAGGAAAACAUUUCUUCUAUCAAACAUAAAGUAGAUAAUUUUCCAAAUUCUAAAGAAAGCAGCACAGUUGAAUAUCUCAAACCAGUACUGAAGAAAUGUGUGCUCCUCCAGCAAGAAGAAAAUGCAAUAAAGAAUGCAACAAUAAAGAACAAAGAAAAGUUUAAAACAGCAAGAAAAAGCUUUACACCUCGCUUCAGUCUGUGUGAUGUCACCAAUUUUUCAAAACUACCUUCUGAAAAGAAGGAAAAGAAGAUGUCCUGUCCUGCUUUGUUAGAAGGAAUGAAUAAGAUUUCGCCAGUAGUUGUUAGUAAACGCAGAUGCACGAUGGCUGUAAAUUACAAGGAACCCAGUCUCACAGCGAAACUACGGAGAGGAGACCGGUAUACUGACACACAAUUUUUGAAUUCACCAAUAUUCAAACAAAAAAAGAACAAUGCACGUAUUCACAAAUCUGGGAAAAAGCCACUUCCACUUAAUAGAUACAAUGAGGCGUUUGUCGGCUGCCAAUAAUUUUUUUUACUAAAUAUUAAAUGUGUUGAGAUCAUGAUAUUUUUGAAGUUUAAUCACUUAUUGUAUGAUUUUGUUUUAAUUUCAAACCUGUUUCAUAGGAAGAGUUUUUACACGUAGUUAGAUGCUCAAGAAAAGCUUAAUAAAUAUGAACUGCAAGUUUAUUUAAUUGGUGUCAGUCAUUCUUGCAUAAUGUCAAAUUUCUGUCCUCAAUGCUAAUUCAUGUCAAAUAACAUUGUAUUGUGUGACUUGAGUACAUCACCUACUGAGGCUGCAUUUGGUAGUAUUUAGAAUGGCCUUAAACAUCAUUAAAUAGUGUGUGAAGCAUUUGAAUAAAUCAUCAUAUUUAAAA